AUGCCUCACUGGAUGAUCUUCCACCCCCCAGGAACCUUCGAAGACGAAACCACCAAAGGCGCCCUCGCCAAAUCCAUAACCUCCAACUACACCCGCCUGGGCAUGCCCGCCUUCUACGUCGUCGUGAACUUCAUCAAAACAUCCCCCUCCGACCAAUGGCUCGGCGGCGAGAUGGCCAGCACCCGCAGCACCCGCCCCUUCAUCCGGAUCCGCGUCCUGCACAUCCACAUCAACGCGCCGGACGAUGAGAAGGUUCAUGCGAAGAUGAUGGCGCAUUUGACGGAGCUGUUGAGGCCGCAUACGUUGAAUAAGGGGUAUAAUUUGGAGUAUGAGAUUGCUGAGAGUAGGAGGAGCUUGUGGCAUGUUAAUGGGAUGAAUCCGCCGGUGUUUGGGAGUGAGGAUGAGAAGGUUUGGAGGGGGGAGAAUAGGGCUGUGCCGCCUGAGGAGAUGGAGGAGGCGAGGGAGAGGGUGGGGAAGUUGUGA